CUUAUGCUUAGAGGAGUUCUGCGCCAAGAUUGGAUAAUUUAAUGAGAAUUAUAAGAAUGGUAUUAAAUUGAUGGUGAAAGAAUACUUCACUGAUUCUAGCCAAUCAAAAUAUUCUAUCGUGUGUUACAACGGCCAAAAAUUUAAAAGAAGCUAGUUUUAUCGUACAUCAUUACAUCAAUGAUCGUGCCAUCUUUGUGAUUCGUUCCGUGAGAAAGAAAUUGUAUAAUUGUUAUUCAAUGUAAGUUUACUGUUAUAUUUUCAUUGCCAUAAUUCGUAGAAAAAUGGACAACGGAAAUCAACACUUUCCAUUCAUGCAAUACGACUCGUGCUGAAUUCCUUUUUAAUUGAUUCUUAGUUCUAAUUUUAUGGUAACAUAUUUCUUAUUCCUAUAAUUUACUUUUCAGUGUGGUAGUAAAAAAUUCAAUUGUGUCGGGAUUGUGCGGUGCCUAUAUAUAGAGUUUGCGUGAGCAGUGAGUAUUAGUUCCUAAAAGUUUUGGCAAGCAUACGGAAUAACAGAAAGGUAGUCAAUACGUUAUAAUGUACGUAAUAAAUAUAUUUUAUUAAUUACUCCAUGUUUAAUUAUAAAGAACAGGAGGUUCGUGGUUCCUCCCCAGAAAAUUUUUAUAUUUUUGAAGCCGGUAUUUCUGUCAAUUAGAGAAUUCGCUGAAGAAUUGCAUCAGUAUAUACUGACUAGCAUAAUUGAGAAUCUGCAGACAUACCAUUUGCCAGUGUGCCAUAGUUAGCGUCGUUGGUAACCUGUUAUUAAGGUAAAUAUUUGUUUAUUUAUAUUCAGUGAUGGGCACUUUUGCCCCUACAGGAAAGGAUAGCUGGAGGGGUCCUUGUAUCCCCCACUCCAUCUCCGGCGUUCCCAGUUGUAACGGAUGCUUGUCUUCUAUUCCACUCUGUUUUGUUAUGCCUCUAACCUAUUUUAUGAAUUCCGUUCCAUUCUAUAAGCUGACUUCAAAUUAUUUUUCUUUAGAUCCAAAAGAAGUAGUUCAUUAUCAUGUUUAGAGUUUCACAUCUUUUAAUACAAAUUUUAUUGGCUGCUUUGUGUCAUACUGAUGUCUCAUCCCAUUCAUUGGAAAUCAAUUGCACGUAUUUUCAACGUAAAGGUAGAUGGCAUUUAGCCUAACAUACAGUCCAUUAUAUUGUAGUUAGAUGAAAUAGUCCACAUAACUGAAGUACACGAUCGAGAAAGCGGGGGAGUUGUGGGACACGUGUGGAUUUUCUAGGAAUCAGAAAUUACCUGUUCAAACCUUAUCCCUGCUAUAUUCUUGUACUGAAUAAUAACGAGAUACACGAAAAGGAAAUCAAUUCAAAUGAGUGAUUAAUACAUAUAAUCGCGAAAUUAACAAAUUUUCCGUGAAAGUCACUAACAGAUAAAGUUACUUUCUCCUACGCACUCUGGUUACUAUCUCAAAUAUCAGUAUGUAUUCACUGAUUACCGCACAAAUUAUUUCCUCAUAUCGUUUUUUAACUUACAUUAACAUUUUACAGUGACGGCCUAUUUUAUAAGCCAGUCUAGAGAGACCUGGUGUCGCGCCUUCGAAUUAUGUCCAUUCAGUAUAAUAGUAUAAGCAUAGCUCAGACUUUAUUACGUGCAUCUAUCAAUGCAAAAUCUCGGAAUAACAUUCAAGCUACAGUUGCAUGCAUAACUUAGUCUUAGUGCGAUGAUAUAAGAAACUGUCAAGGGACUGUUAAGUACUUCAUAAAAGACUGUUAAGUACUCUAAAUAAAUUUAAAUCAGUAAAAAUAUUCACACUUGUUUAGUGUAGGUCGUUUUACAUGAAAUAACUCAACACAAUUGUCAAGUGACUCAAGUGGUACUCUAUAUAGCAACAUUCCCGGCUCUGAAAUCCAACAGGAGUAUCCAACAGUAUACAGCUAUUUCAAUUAAGGUUGUCCCCGAGCAGAGCGGAAAAGUCGGAUACGAGCGCGAAAGGCUUGCUGGGAAUCGAUAUGGGAAAUUAAUUUUUGCAUCUACUGAUUUUCAAUCAGCAGAAGCAUUGCCAGGACGUACGUCCGUGGAUGUCGCAAACAGACAGGUGAUGAUGUAUUGAUGACGUAUUGAUCUAAUACAUUGCGAGCAUAGAAAUUGGGCUUUACCUCGGUGUAAGAACCGUACAACGUACGUCACACAUAAACACACUAACUCUAAUAAACACAUUAACUCUACACGCCGACUUUGAUACAAAGUUGUUGGUCUGUAUUAAAGUUCAGUGUGAAUCAGUGAUACAAAGUUAUUGGUCUUCUUGGUACUUGCGAGCUAAAGUCGGUUAUCUACGGUUAGUUCCGCUGUUGUCCAUAAAUGGUUUUGCCAAUAACACGAGUACAAUAAAAUAGUUUUGUCAAUAACACGAGUACAAUACAAUACGAAGAAUACCGUAUAACUGCGCAAGAGGAUGACGACUUUGUGUAUUCAUAUUUUCGGUUCAGUGGCAGUGCACAAAUCAACAUUGUAUAGCGACUUAUGGCCUUUAUAGUCAAGCGAGACUAGACUUCAGGACAACUUUACGUCACAUCACGGUAACUUUACGUUAAUACGCAUUAUAUAUACAACUAGAAAAUACAUACAUGCAGAAACCCUCGCCUUACUGACAAUAUAUUAUGUUUUCUGAAUAUGAAGAAUUGAAAGUAGUUGUCAUGGUAACACGAUAAUUUUAGGAAUACCUUUAAAAUUGAAAAAUCCCCCCAAAAUAUCACUUUUAAUAACAAAAUUAUCAAUUUCCCAAACAUGUAUAUGCUAGGUAUGUUAUACGUAAUAAAAUCUUCAAUUUAAUGUAAAAUUCAACCACAAACGCUUCGCAAAACGUUUUAAAAUGUUCUUAAAACUAAACGGCCUUUUAUCGAAUUAUCGGUAAACAUUGAGUUUGAAAUAAACUGAUUUCAAAUUCUCGCAUGAAAACAACUUUGCUUUCCACUUUAUUUAAAUACUUUAAUAUACAAAAGAAAGGGUAAUUUAAUAAUAAAACUACGCUGAAAUUAUAUGCUGUCUUCAGUUUCACUUAUAUACGCAAUGAUAGUAUCAGUUCGAUAUUCGCAGUAUCGCCCACUGCUAUCUGCAGUUAUAAAUAUAUCAAUUAUAAAACCGAAACCGAAUACAGUACAUCAAUAUUUAAAACAAACUUACCUUCAUUAUAUAUAACGUCGGCGACUUUGCUGUAUUCUUUUAGACGUUUUUAGACGUUUUCAUUGGCUCUCAGAAAGGUUUCGAAAUUUACAAAAUCUUGCAAAAAUACAACUUGCAAGAAAUGUUUGUUUUUAAUAUUUCGCUGUCGUCAAUGCAGUCGUUGCCGUUGGAAUGCAAAUUUCAAAUUUGACCAAUUUUGAGAUCAGUGAGGAUGACCACCCAUGAACGGUGAGCCAUGAGCCCACGAUAUUUGAUGAACUUUAGAGUUUAGACUUCGCUGGUUCCUUUUGCCCGGGUGUAAAUAGCCGGGCGGAAUUAGUACCCUCGCACGGCGCUUCAAAACUUUAAUAUACAAAAGAAAGGGUAAUUAAUAAAACUACACUGAAAUUAUAUGCUGUCUUUUUUCACUUAUAGUUAUAUACGCAAUGAUAGUAUCACGAUAUAACUAUCAGUUCGAUAUUCGCAGUAUCGCCCACCACUACCAGUUAUAAAUAUAUCUAUUAUAAAACAAAAAAUACAUCAAUAUUUAUAACAAACUUACCUUCAUUGACGUCGGCGACUUUGCUCUAUUCUUUUAAACGUUUUUAGACGUUUUUUUGGCUCACAGAACGGUUUUGAAAUUUACAAAAUCUUGCAAAAAUUGAAAAAUACAGCUUGCAAGAAAUGUUCGUUAUUUCGUUGUCGUCAAUGCAGUCUAACAAUGCAAGUUUCAAAUUUGACCAAUCAGUGUUCACUAUUCACGACAGUCCGCUACAUAUUUUGAGAUCAGUGAGGAUGACCACCCAUGAACGGUGAGCCGUGCGCCCACGAUAUUUGAUGAACUUUAGACUUCGCUCUAGUGCGUUCCUUUCCCCGGGUGUAAAUAGCCGGCCGGAAUUAGUACCCUCGCACGGCGCUUCGCGCCGUCGGCUCGGGGAAAAAACAUGAGCAGCCGAUCUUUAUCUGAUAUCGUGCUUGAAAAACGACCCAUCUUAUGUAAUUUUAAAACUAAACAUUGUAUAAGCCGAGAAAAUCAAAGCUGAAGUUUAUGUAAAUCAGGACAAAUCUUUCUCAGAUUUACAAACAUUGAUUAAACAUUCAUUUCUUUUGUAUUUUCCUCGUGAAUUAUUAAUGAGUUUUUUAAAAAAAUACAUACAACUACAAGAGUUUACAACAAUUAGCGCAGCUGCAUGCGUCCCAUAUGGCAUGGCUGGGGAAAAUUAAUAUCCCACAUUCAAGGACAAAUACUAUCACUGACCUCUGUCUGCAUGAUCUAAAUAUUUGUUACGUUUCUCACAUAAGCUUAAGGUUAGUCUCGACUCACGCUUCCUUUCACUUCCCGCGACACCGGUUUUUCCUAAUUAAUUCUCACAGAAUAUCAAUGCCUCGAUCAGCACCGAUACAAAAGCUGAGGAUUUGAUGGCUUUGCCUAUAUCUUUUCAGCAGUGAGGCCAGGUGCAUUCGAUUUUAUUUUCAAUGAACAUAUGAUUGCAUUUGUAUUCUAUUUGGCGCACGCUUUUGCAUUUCAUAGUAAGCAUCCAUUGAGUUCAGCGAAUCUAAUGAAGCGAUUUAAUAAUCGAUUUUGGACGUAUAAAGUCAAAGUCUUUGUCCUUUCGACGAGUUCAAUUUAUAGCAGUAUGCAAGCGGGUAUAUCGCUUUUAGAUUUGACGGGCAGAAUUGGUUGCCGACUUUCUGAACCCAAGGAACCCAGAUGAGCUACGAAAUAUAUAUCAACGGAGAAGCUAUACAGGUAUACACACAGCAAAUUAGGCAUCAGUCGAGAUUGCUUGCAUGAACAUUUCAACGGCAUACUACAUUUAUAUAAUUUAAUUAAUUAACUGACAUCUUAACUUUGAAUUUUGCAAAUGUAGGCUACUAUAGCUAUGUUAAUUAUAUGGACAAGUUAUACCCGUGCAAGAGGUCAUUUUACGGUAGCAGCCCAAAUUGUGCAUGUUCUUAACUCGGCAGUGAUAACUAUACUUUCAGAGUAAAGCAGUCCAUACUUUUUUUGUUAAUUCAUCUUGAAUUCUUAUUGUUUUCGUUAUAAUUGUUUUUAACACUCAUAUAGGCGGGCAGUCAUUAGUGAUAUCUAAUUACUAUCAAUUAUAUCUAAAUAGUUACUUUUAGAGGGAUAAACUCGGAUUAAUAUUUUUGUACCGCUUUUGAUAUACUUCAAAACUUAAAGCUGUAUCAUUGCAGUGUUAAUAAUAUAACUUUUUAAUUGCCUGCACUGGGCCGGAAAAGGAAUAAAAACAUCAUCAAUAUAAAUUAUAUUCUACAACCGGUUACCCAAUAUAGAACUGCAAAUGCCAAUCCCUCAUUAUUAUAGUGUUAUCUAAUUAUCCUUAUUAUAUACCUUAGUAUAAAUGGAUUUUUUAUAUUUUUUGUACCGCUUUUAAAUUAAUAUAAUAUUAAUCUUAUUACGUUACCAUUGAGUAUUAUAAAUAAAUAUAACUUUUUAAUUGCAUGCCGAUGCUUGUUUUGAAAAAUGAGAAAAUAUAUCUAUAAACCCAUUACAAUUACUUCUAAUGGGUAUUUAGAACUGUCGGUUUAUUAAUUAACACUGGAUUUUUUCAAAAUCUUCACUUAUGGAUUUGGUAUCUAAUAAUAUGGAAAUCCAUAUUUUCAUUUCAAUGUCCAUAUUUAAUAAUCAUUUUCCAUACGAAGGCUAAUAUCCCACCUGACUAGGAGUGGACAUUUUUGGACGAUUUUGACCUUAAUAGGCUAUAAUAUUGAAUGGCAUCGUUGGAAAAAAACAAAAUACAGACAAGAAAUCAUACAUAGCCUAUAUUACCUAAACAGAAUUUGCACGCUGCGAUUUGUUUUGUAUACGAUUACCAAUUUUUCUUAGUUUAUGGCGAAAUUAAAUAUGAAAUGCAAACAUUAUGCUUACGCGAUUACAUACGCCAAGAUAUAAAUCGUAAACGACAAAUCGCGUACCUUCAUGAUGCUGCGUCGGUGGGCGGGCACAAUGUUUUCGAAUGCCGUCUGCGAUUGAUCACAUUACGCGACUGAUUGGAAAAGUGGGAGUUUAGGUUUUUGUCGAGGGUGGGAGAUCGAGCAGUGUCCAAUGUCGAGGAUCGAUGGUAAAAAUCGAGGGUCAUAUAAAAAAGUCAAAGGUCAUAUAUAAAAAGUCGAGCGUCGUAUUUUUUAAAAUAUUUUAUUUCAUUUUUAUUGUUCAGUAUUAGUGUCAGUAAAUAACUUUACAUCUUAAUAAUUUAACUAAAUAAUUAUUUUGUUAAUUAACUUGCUAUUGGUAAUAUAUUUCAACUGGAAUUUUGCCUUAAUAUAUUGCCAUUAUUGGCUUGAGAAUUACAGCUGUCCGAUAAUCUAUGCUGUUACGUUAAUUUGAUAAGAAAGCAAAGAGAACGUUCUUAUAUUCGACAUAAACAUGUUAACUUGUGAGCUUCGACAUAGAAGAUCAUCGUUAGAUUUACCCAAGGUACAAUCUUUUAAAAGUUACAUAUAUGACAAGUCCAUCCAUGUCACAACAUUAACUCUUUUUCGACAAGUAUCGUGCUAAUCCCAACCGGAAAUACAAUUUCAAAACGUCAAAACAAUGCGACGUUUGAAUGAUGAUGACUGAAUCUUAGUCGAAAGCUAUAGACCGAUUAAAAUGUUUAUUUUCGGAGUUACUGUUGUUUUAUAUUUUCUAUCCUAUGACUCUGGAAAUGCCAGAAUCGAUUCUAAAAGUCAAAGUGUACAUGUGCUGUUGUGCUUGUGGGAUGUUGACCAACUAAUCUAAAGUGAUUAGUUCAUGUAAAUUUUAUGCACUUGGCUUCAUUAAGCAAACGCUGACACAUUACACACACGUUACACUACACGUUACACCUACUUUACAUAAUAAUCUAUAUAGUCCAGCGGAUAUGCACAGGUAUUUGAGAAAAUCAUGCACUUUGUGAAGAAAGCACCAAAUUCACAGGAAGUGUAGACUUUAACAUGAUAAUGAAUCUUAGAUAUGGAGGCAUCACCAAAAUUGAUGCUGACGGCUUAGAAUUUAGGAUUUCUUAUAUUCUCUUAUUAAUCUCUUAUACAAUUAAAAACUUGUGAAAUUGCAGGUUCACAUAUAGCAAAAAUGACAUGCGUCAUUAGAAAGCUUAACAAAAAACUGCAUAUAAGACAUUUAAGCAGUUUAUUUGAUUUUCCAACUCCUCUGGAGUUAUGAGCGGUUGAAAAUAUGUUUUAGGGCUAGUGUCCAGGACUUGGGCGGGAUUUUUGCCUAUUUAUCACGUUUUUAAAUAGCAAUAACUGGAAAACCGCUUGGAAAAUCAAUCAGCCGUUUAAAAGUCUUAUAUGUAGUUUUUUGUAAGCUUUCUAAUCAUGCAAGUCAUUUUUGCUAUAUGUGAACCUGCAAUUUCACAAUUUUAACUGAACAGUAAUAGAGUUUAAUAAGAGAAUAUAAGAAAUCCUACUGUUUUAAGCCGUCAUCAUCAAUUUUGGUGAUGCCUCCAUAUCUAAGAUUCAUUGUCAUGUUAAAGUCUACGCUUCCUGUGAAUUGGGUGCUUUCUUCACAAAGUGCAUGAUUUUUUACUUAUCCACUGGACUAAUAGUAAAAUAUAUAGAAAUAUAACACGUUACACCAACUGUUUUUAAAAAUAAAUAUAUAUAUUUAUUUUUAAUAACAAUUGGUGUAACGUGUCGUAUCUCUAUAUGUUUUACUACAUGAGAUUAUUAUGUAACGUGUGGUGUAACGUGUGGUGUAACGUGUGUGUAACGUGUCUAUAAUCAGUACGUAAAAAUAGAUUGAUAUUUUGCGCAUGUGCGACCAGAUUUGCUUGAGCUCAUCUCACAUAAUCCCAAAAUCAUAGGAGUUGGAAGUUUGCAAUAAAUUCUAGUGCAAGUUUACGAUCGGUAAGUCCAUAUAUCAACAUAAAUGAAAUGCUUGAAUUGGGUUUAAAAUCUAGUGAGUAUGUCAUUCUUAUGUAACAAUUCAGCUAAAAGUAGGAAAAUCAUUGAAAUUUUUCCAAAAUUGUUUACAAGUAGGUCAGAACGAUGCGUUGUCUGUUAUAAAAUACUUGAACUUAAAGAAAAUAAUAUAUACUCAUGAUUGUCAGCCAUGGGAAAAAAUAGUAUGAAUUUUAUUCAUUAUUUUAUAAUCUUCUUCCAAUGUAUAUAUUCAUGAAUUAAUCGUCCUUUCCUAACAAAAAAUAACUAUAGUUCUCAAGAUCCCCUAUAUUCUUUUUACAUGAAGUACACAGUUAUAGAAAACCGCUGAGAAAAAAUAUUAUAGCAAAAGGUUCACUAAGCAAGAAAUCCAAGUCAGCGUCUUCCCUGGAGCACUAAGUUGAAUCAACAUGAACGAAUUGCGUUUUAUUCAAAAGUACAAAUAGAGACAAUCAGGAGCAAAAAUUAUUGAGACAACCGCAUAAGUGCCCCCCUCACCCCCAAUUCAAUGUUGUGUGCACGUGAAAAGAGAAAAUUCAACCCACUUUUUCCAACAUUGAUCAUGGGGGCAGGGGGGGGGGGCGACAAUGUGAAAAGUCUCAUUAUUUUUGCACGCGAUUGUAGGUUGCAACCACUUUGAAUACUGGUCCUUGGUCCCCAGUACUUGUACCAUUACUUAUUUUACACCAAAAAAUGUAACGAAUUAAAUGUUGGAGGGGGGAAUCCUAAGUUUUCUAGAUGAUGGUGGGGGCGUUUUGAAAAUAAAGGUGUUGCGAUUGGGGGCGGCUCUAAAAAAGUCAAAUAUUUGGUAUUUAUCACCCACCGCCGCCCUCCCAUUAUUAAUGACCGAUCCCUCCUGAAAACAAAAAUACCACCAUUCGUUUCAGUGAAACAAUAUGCUACUAAUUCGUCAUGAUAGUUUUAGUCAUUAUCACUAACAUUGUAGCAAUUUACGGUCUUUGAAAGUCAAGCGAGAUCGUAUAUUAUAAAAUUACGCAAAUUGUCUGAACAAAAAUACAGACUGGACAUACCUUUCGCCGAACACAACUUCGGCCCCUUCGGGCUUAUCUUCUUCGUAAUAUAGUCUUCUUCGAAGCAUUAUCAAAAACAGUAUUACUUUAGAGUGUCAUUUCCGAGCUUGUAUCUUCAAAUUUGCAUCUUUUAUAUAUAUGUCGAGAAAUUAAAAGUUAUUUUGCCCGCAAAUUUUUACCCUCGACAAUAAAAAUGAAAUAAAAUAUUUAAAAAAAUACGACCAUCGACUUUUUAUAUUUGUCGACCCUCGACUUUUUUAUAUGACCCUCGACUUUUUGACAUGAUCCUCAACAUUUUACCCUCGACUUUUUACUCAUUUGACUCUUCCUUCCACCCUCGACCCUCGACAGAAACCUAAACACGAACAGUGGUUACUUUAAUUAAACUGUUUUCAAAUUAAUCUUCACACUGCAGACAACAAAGAAGAAUUUGUUGUCUCCCAAUUUACGCCCAAUCAACGGUUAACAAAAUAUAUGUUAUCCAUUUAUUUGUAAGCUUGUUUUGGAGGCCCGAGCUAUUAAAUACUGUUUCAUAUUAGUCGUGACAUGUUUCCUCGACCUCAAUUCGCGAACUAGUAUCUUCGAAUUUCUAGACUGGCGGUUGCGCAAUCUUUUUUGGAUCACCACAAACACAAGGCUUCGUAAUAAAGCACUAAUCUUAUUAUAACUGUCAAGGAUUACCAAGCUUUAAAUUAACCUUCGAUAACAUUACGGUUAUAUUUGAAUCUGCUUAAUUUAAUGAAAUAAAUUUAUCCGAAAAUCAUCUUGUCUUUGUCGCAUUGUCGCGACCACCCUAAACAUUUGUAUUGACAUGUUGGGGAAUUUCGGUAAUUAGGCGUAUGGUGAAGAAAGAUAUGCAGCAGGUGGAGAUUUUAUGAGGGUUCACGCGAAGAAAAACUGCCAUGCCACGUUCCACAUGUAAAAAAUUAACUAUUUCACAAAAAUUAAAAAAAAUCUUUACACCAGUUUAACGCGAUAUGUGACCAACAAUAUAGUUGUUUCAGAAACGUCCAAAACUUAACAAAGCCCGCCAAAUUCGAUAUUUUAUAAUGAUAUGGGAUGAGUCAUCGAGUAUAAUUUAAUAAUAGAAAAUUCGUGAGUCAGGAUCGAAUUCGGCGGCCUCUGUCAACCCGCGCCUAUAAAUGUUAAAAACAACUAUUGCUAUCAACGUUUUUGAGUGAGCCAUGAGUUGGUCGCGUAUCACGUAAAAUUGGUGUAACAGUGUAAAUUUUAUUUUCUAUCAUGAGUAUUAAACGCGAUAAUCUACUUUUACGUUUUCGAAACUAUAAUUACACCACGGAAAGCUUAACAUUGAAAGAACUUUAUAAAAUCAUCCGAUAUAUCCACAGAAGCCCAGCUAUAGCUCUGUUUGUAGCCACAUGCAGCCUUUGCCCGCGCGAGACCUUAACCCUCCUUGAAAUAAGGGAAGGAACGAAACAUAGUGCGCAAAAUUUAUUUCUUUCCAGUAAAAUCGCUACAACCGUUAUGAAUGGCCAUGUAUAACUCUGCAUCGUCAAAGAGUUUAAAUUCGCAAUAGAAUUUGACGUGCAGCUAAGGUUUAUCUAGGGUCCUUUCGACCCAGUAUUUCGCGCGAACCUGUAUUGUCGAGAUCUCGAUCCUAGUUGUGUCUGUCUGUCCAUUUUUCCAGGAGAAAUAUAAAUAUUAAGCUUCAGGUAUACAUUUUUUAAAUUACUGUGGGGGGGGAAAACAUGAUUUUGUAUUGCGCACACAUGCUUCCAAUUCUUCUCGAGAUUUUACGAGCUUUUUAAUAAUAUGGAUGCAAACGAUCUACAACAUUUAGAAUAAUUCAGGUAAGGAUGGUUUUAUUUCUUUCUGUUGGCAUACAUGAAGGCGUUGAGCUCAGUUUAGUAUUCGAUAUUGGGGUAUCAUAGCCAUUGUGAUUUUCAUGAGUUUAACAGCUGGCCCACUGAUAGAUUGGUGAAAACAACAUUCACUUAUAUUAAGUCCUGUACAAGGAGUCAAAGUGUACCAAUGCCUUUAGCUUUAUAUGUUUGUGUAGCGGUUUGUCAAGGUGAUGAAUUUAUAGUGUUUAUUCUAGUAUAAUAUAUAGGUUAUAGCAGUGUGCUUCCAGCACUUUUUAGAGCGACCCAGUGUGGAUUAUUGUCAGGACAUAUUAAUCAAUGUGUUAAUUGGUCUGUUUCAUACAGCAUAUCCCCAAGAUAUGUUCAUUUAGUAUAAUUAUAUACACAGGGGCCAGAUUAUUAAAAUAUUAUUAUUCUCCACGCUGAUUGGUUGCCGAUGAGGUGAUUAUAAUGCGAUAGUCACCUAAGCGGUUUUUGAUGACACGUAACUAUGUGUUCUUGCAAAUUAUAGGUUUUUAAACGACAUGUAUAUGUUCUUGCAAAUUAUAUUGUUCAGGACCAUACCUUGACAGUUCUGCAGUAAAACAUGAUUGCUGUUGACAUAAAGUUUAAAAUUUAAUUUGGGACAAAUUAAGCAUCAUAGCAUCACAAAUAAAGUGAAUGUACAUUGACUGACUGUGCCAGCGUAAGCAAGGACUGUGCAAGGGGGGAUAGCUGGAAAUGCACUUCCUGGGCUUGUAUAAACUUCAAAAUUUUCUUGGGGGCAUGUCCCAGACCCCCAGGUUACUUCGAUCAUCUCAGCACCAGCGUCCCCAAUAGUAAAAUUUCCGUACGGGCACUAUAUGCAUGCACUGAGUAUUUUUAUGAAAUACAAAACAAUAAUUAGUACUGUUUACUAUUUAAAAAUGAAUAAUCUCGGAUAAUGUUGCUACUGGUUACCUAAGAAACAGAAAACGAGUCGCGUGCGUUUAUGGUGUGAUAAUGUACGCCGGGAGUGUUGAGAUAAUACGAGAGAAGCGUGUGCAUUAUCGCACUAUAAACACACGAGACGAGUUUUUCUAUUUCUUUUAUAAUAUAAGUAGAAGAUAUUACAUAGUAAACAAUUUUACUCAAAAGAUCGACGUUGAAAUUCUCCUAACAUGUACGCAGUGACGUCACGCCCAUGCCUUUACUGUCGCUUGGAUUUUUGUAUCUGCGAAGCAGAUAUAUUGCUAUCGCAAACGUACCGUACCGUAAUGUUACCGUAUGUUAACACAUAGCCAUUCAGCGACGAGCUUAUAUAAUUUAAGCCAAUUUAAGCCAAUCAGCGAUUCGUUUACAUCAAUUGUUCACAUCGUGCUCGCAUCUAACCUGCGAACGGGCAUACUUUAGCCUCGUCAGGCCUCGUGUAUAAAUCGUGAUAUUUUUAUAUUUUUAUCAAUUUAUCUUGAAUUGGCUGUCUUUUUUUCUCGCCAUUCUACUUGCGAUAUUAUUCCGAAGUUAUUUAUCAACAUGGAAUCUUAUCCUCAUCUGGUAAGUAGUCAAAUACCACAUAUUAUAUAUUUAAAUACAAAAUUUGUGCAAAUAUAUGUCCCACAUAUUUUAUAAUACACGAGUUCGCCAGUUCGGCAAAUAUUUACUAUAUUAUCUAUAGUUAAUAUUGCCGUAUUCUUCGGCGUAGAGUUUACAUGGAACUGCACUCUGGAAUUUUUUAUUAUAAAUAUAUUACACUGUAUAAAAUAUUGGAUAUUUUCGAGGAUAUUUUAAGCCAUUUGUCAACAUGGUUCACAAUCCUUCUGCGACUUCUGUAAUAUUUUAAACAGUGAAAACAUUCCCAGGAGAUAUAGAAUUAAAUCCUGGUACUGUACUGAUUUCUCGGUAUAUUGACUCCAUAACUCUGUCUCUGUUCAAAACAACAGUCCAACUAUAAAGCUGUCAUCAAAUGUAGUGUUAGAGCAAAGGUUGAAGAUGUUAUCAGUUAAAAUACUUAUACAUUUUAUUUGGUUUUACACAUUAGAGUUAAUUAAACAAAAUUUUUACAAACAUUUUCAAAUAAGAGAAUCUUCACCCUCCUGAGCCUCAUUACAUUGUCAUUUUGCUUUCUAACAUAAAUAUUUUUCUUUAGAGAUUAAUACAAGAAUGAAGAAUAAAUGUACUGGAUAUUGGCUGGAUAAUUUUGUCAGAACAACCAACUUGCAAGACAAUCUUACCUAAAUUCAUUAGUAUGGAAAAUAACUUAACAGCUACAAUGAAUAAUCAUAUAUUAUAUGGUGGAUUUGAUCAAUGGCACUACACAAUGUACAAAACUAAACUUGUGAUACCUUCUACUCAAACCGAUAAUCUCCCACAACACAAUUGUUUUUGUGUGAAUGUGCUGUACGUGUUAAACCGAACAGUGUGGUAUAUCAUUAACUGUGCACAGAACUGGAAUUUAAUUAUAUACUUCACUCAUGACCUUCUAAACAUUCUCAAUUAUUCAGUGGUCUUCGACAUGUUCACCAAAUAUUUUGUGUAUGUUACUCAACAUUGGCAAGUGUAAACAACAAGUGACAUAACUUUUGCUUCAUAUGAUUACAAUAAAGUUUUGAAAAUUUGAUGAGUAUGGAUUGAAUUGACAGGUGACAGUUUACUAAAUAGCCGGCUGUAUAGACACUUAGAAGAUUGUUUUCAUGAAAUUUUUAUUUCCUGACUGCAUAAUUAUCUGUUACAAUCAUAAUCAUUAUAAAGUUAGUUAAAUUUUCUUGGUGUGGGGGUGGGGCACUUGCCCUGCUGCAGUCUCCGCUGUGUACAGCCCUGUUUUAAAUCUUAUCUGCUAUUAUAAUAAGUGAUGAAAUAUUUCAAUUGUCCCAUGUCAUCUUCAUUAUUCUGUUUCUUUCAAGAAAAUACAAAAUGUGAAUCAAUUUUUUUCGCAGAUACAUGUACGCAUCGCGUACAUAUUUUUGUAUCUGCGAAGCAAAUAUACAUAUGCUAUCGCAAAGUACCGUACCGUACUGUUACCGUAUGUUCACACGUAGCCAUUCACCGACGAGCUUAUAUAAUUUAAGCCAAUUUAAGCUAAUCAGCGAUCAGUUUACAUCAAUUGUUUACGUAGUGCCCGCAUCUAACCUACGAACGGGCGUAGUUUGACCUCGUGUAGCGUGUUAUUCUUUGCGAUUUUCACAUUUUGGCUUCAAAAAUAUUUUGAUUUUGUCUUGUUUUCACGUGCCAUUCUACUUGCGAUAUUAUUCCGAAGUUAUCUAUCAACAUGGAAACUUAUCCUCAUCUGGUAAGUAGUCAAAUACCACAUAUUUAUUAUUUUAUUAUAUAUUUAUACAGUAAAAUAAUCAUUGCGUUGUGUAAAAUUUUAAACAAUCAAAACAUAGCAGGCAAUAUAUUUAUCAAUGAACAAUGUCACAGGAAACUUUAAAUGUUCUCAGGAGAUAUUGAAUUAAAUCCUGGUCCUGUAUUUCUGUAUUAUACACUGUUCGAUGUCAUCAGUUAAAAUACUUAUACAUUUUGGUUUUAUACACAUUAGAGUUUAUAAUAAUUAAACAAAAUGUUUACAAACAUUUUCAAAUGCUAAUAAAAGAAUGCCCACCCUCCCUCCUCAUUACAGUACAUUGUCAUUUUGCUUUCUAACAUAAAUGUUUUUGUUUAGAGAUUAAUGCAAGAAUGAUGAAUAAAUGUACUGGAUAUUGGCUAGAUGAUUUUGUCAGAACGACCCACUUGCAAGACAAUCUUACCUAAAUUCAUGAGUAUGGAUAAUAACUUAACAGCUACAAUAAUCAUAUUAUAUGGAUGGAUCAGAUCAAUGGCUCACAAUAUGUACAAAACUAAACUUGUGAUACCUUCUACUCAAAUCAAUAUUCUCCCACAACACAAAUUGUUUUUGUGUGGAUAUGCUGUGUUAAACCGAACAGUGUGGUAUAUCAUUAACUGUGCACAGGAUUGGAAUUGAAUUAUAUACUUCACUCAUGACCUUUAAAACAUUCUCUACUAUUCAGUGGUCUUCGAUAUAUAUUGACUCUUUGCUACAGUCAUGCAUGUUCCUCGAAUAGUUUGUGUAUGUUACUCAACAGUUAUGGCAGGUGUAAACAAGCCUGACAGAACUUUUGCUUCAUAUGAUUACAAUAAAGUUUUGAAAAUGGGUAUGGAUUGACAAGUGACAGUUUACUAAAUAGACACUUCGAAUAUUGUUUGCAUGAAAUUUUUAUUCUUUUACUUUAAAAUCUUAUUUGCUAUUAUAUUCAUAUUUAUAAUAAGUGAUGAAAAUGUGAAUCAAGUUUUUUCGCAGAUACAUGUACGCGUCGCGUACCUAUUUUUAAUCAAGCGAGCGAAGGAGCAAAAUUGUCAAAACAAUACAAACUUUUGAUGUUUUAAAGAGGGGGGUGAAUAGGUUUUCGGAUCGUCGGAUUUCACAGAAAAAGUUGUUUGGAUUUCGGAUCUGGCGAAUAUUUUACACGGGUUUGCGGAUCUUAUUAAUACAGCGGAUUGCGGAUUUAUCAAAUAUUUUGGCUCGGCUUUGUCUUUCGCCGAAAAUAUAUCUAGCAGUUGCUAUCGGAAGAAUUGAAGUACUUUCUAAAUCACUUAUAUUCAGUUUUUGUUGCCUUUUUCUAUGUUUUUAGUAUUCCAGUAUAUUUUUCAAGUUUUUUCUCGGCUCUUUUGCACGCUUUUGCCCAAAACCUGUCGAGACAACAACAAAUUCGACGAAUACCAGCCGGUUAAUUUUACACGUAGAACUAUAGAAAAAUUGCUUUGUUCCUUUGGUCUAUUCCUGGCUUCUUGCUUUCUGAUAAAUUUUGUAUUUUAAAAGCUCUUUGGUUUUGUUUAUAUUUUUGGCUAAAAAGCAGUGAUGAAGCAGCGGGGAGGGGGACAGAGAAAGAGCAAAGCAGUGCCACAGAUCACAGUGCAUUAUUGCGUCAAAUUGCACGCGCAUUAGCCAAUCAAAUUGUCUGUUAUAUCACACUUAUAUUAUAAUGCUCGUUAGUACUAGUUACUAUUUUUGCAAUGGCAAUUGUUUUGUAUUGGAAGAUGCAACAACUUGUUGAUAAGAACAAGCUGAUCGUAGCAACUUUUACGAACGGUCUGCAUGUACAUAUUAGUCUUGUUACAACAACUUGUAGCAUGUCUGUUCACAAGCAAAUCGCAAGUAAACUUGUCUGGUGUUAAAAAGGAGGAAAAUAAAAAUCCCCAUAAUUAAUCAAUUUUCCUUUUUAUUUAUAGUUCCUAAGCCUCAAUUGAAAUAUUUGUUGAGUGGACAUUUACAUGUAAUUUGGCAGGAAAACGAGACCAUUGGUUACAACUACACAGCCCAAUUAUGCUGCUCCAAACUGUGGCCCUUCCCUUAUUCGGGGUGUCCAAAUACCUGCCCACAGUUCCAAGCGAUGACAUCCUGUACGUCUGCUGGUAGCGGAUCAGACUCAAAAAGUCGUCAAUGUAGUAUGAUGGUAUAUGAAUAUUUUGAGUAUACUGUAUAUCUGAGUGGCAAACAACAUGGAUGUCAAUUGAUGGGGAAAAUGGUUAAAAUUAGACCUAGGCUGAGAAGUAAGUAGUUGUUACGGAUCUUGCGAAAUUGUGGCAUCACAUCAAAAUAUUCGAGGCUCCAAGGCGAAGGAAGUUUUGCUAAUUAUCCUUACUUGCAGUUGCAGCUGAGUGCUAAUUGCGAAUGCGCAGCUCAACUUGAUCGAGUCGAAGGCUUUCUUUGUGCAUGGGAGUGGUAGCGAUGCGAGUUUUGUUGUGUUGCCACAGUUCGGUGAGAUCCGUAAUAUAUAGUACGAAAAAUGAUUAUUAACAAUUCAGAAAGAAGAUUAGACCACUGUAGUAAACUAUUUUGAUAAUAAUAUAGGAUAAAACGAACAAGGCAAACAAGCCAUCAACAUAAGACCCUUUCGCUAUAGGCAGUGAAGUUAAAUUAAAACAAUGAGUGCUUUAAUUUAAGCCCUCCAUCUUACUGUCUAUUUAAUCAGUUACAAUAAUACUGCUACCUUUGCUCACAUUGAAACCAAUCAUUUAAAAAUGAAGGCAACUAUGGGUUUCUUGGAACCAAACUUGAUAAUGACAUAUUACUUAUUAAGUCCCGAGAUACUUUAAGAGGAUCAGGGGAGGACAGUUGUACAUGAAGUAUUUGUUUUGGGCAUAAUUAAAAUUUCCUGCCGGUUUCUUUGUUGCAAAGGGAGGGGAAGGGGCUUAAUCGAUUACUACCACCAUGAAUGGAGGCUUAUUAGAGAUAGGGACUACGUAGUAGAGAGUAGUAGGAGAACUUACAGUAUGAUCAUGAACAUAUUUGACAUCUAUAACAAGACGGCAAUAGAUCAAGUAUACAUACUUUUCUUUGUCAACAUUUUAGUUGCUUACCCAGAUCCAGUACCCUCGUUAAAUGUGUACACCUUUUAUAAUGGAUUGGUCAUCGAAUGGACGAAAUCACAUAGAUACGUACAACUUUCGUAUUCAUUGAGAUGUAAACAACGCGAUUUGACCCACAACCAGCAAACGGUAAUAUACGUAUACUUGAUAUGUACUUUUGCUCACGUUUACACUAUCAAAGUUUGUUUGGGCUCUUCCACAGACUGUCAGAAAUUACUGACGCAUGCAAUUAUUGAACGCGAGCUACUGGAGAUAAGCCAAAUGGUAGAUUUUGUUUAAAGUAUUAACAGGGUCUUUCAAAAUAUACUAGACUAAUUCUGUCGUACAGUAUUUUGACAAAUUUUUAUAGCGCCAACAUUUUUAAGAAAUUUUAUUAAUACAUAUAUGUUAAUUUGUUAAACUUUCACUAUAAGUUUUGUCUUGAUACACACACGUAAAAACAUGCAAACUGUUACAGAUCUGCAAACAAGUUGUAACCAUUGAACUAUAAAUAAACUGGAAGGCUAACUGCUAUGAUGAAGGCCUAUGAUUUGAUGAAGCCAAAAUAGUUUUUCUGAGUUAUGAGCAGAAAUACUUGACCCCAAACGUCGGGCUAUAUAUCAAAUUGAAGCUAUUGAAAAUUGCUAUUCGGUGUGGAAAUUUCAAGACUUCAGCGAAAAGAAAAAUAUUUAAAAAAUACAAAAACAACUGCAAAACGGCAAAUUUUCGGUAAUUAUGUUUGUAAUUUUUCAAUAUUUCCCUUUUAGCUAAAGUCUUGAAAUUUCUACACCAAAUAGAGUUUUUCAAUAGCUUCAAUUUGAUAUAUAGCCCAACGUUCAGUGUUGAGUAUUUCUGCUCAUAACUCAGAACAACUAAAAUGCACUGGCUUCAAUUUCCCCCCCUGAGUUAGCCUUCCAGUUUAUUUAUAGUUCAAUGGUUGUAACAAGGUUGUUGUCAAGGCGAUAUAUCGGGAUGUGUUUGCACUGCCUGUUCCCAGUUGCUGUGACAAGUCUGGAACAAGUUGUUAUCACAUUGUUACAAGGUUGAUGACGGUAACAUGCAGACUUGCUACAAUUUGUUCCAAUAAGAAGAAUACAGGCUGUUCGUAACAAGUUGCUGCCAGCUUGUUGUCAUCAACUUGUUAACAACUUGUUACGUGCAGACGAUAUUCUGUGUAUUGGAACAAUUUGUGCAUGGCGAGUCUGUUAGCUUCUUCAAGAUGAUACCUUGUUACAAGAUGAUAACAACUUGCUGCAGACCUUUUCAACAACUGGCACGGGAGCAAGCAGUGCGACAAAUCAUGUUGUCAUGACAAGCCGCGAGAUUUUUACGUGUGUUGUUAUUGUAGUUUAAUCUCGAACUGUCUGUGCCAGUGCAGGUAGUGCCAAUAAUACAAACAAGCUUUCCUUUGUAGGGAUGCAACUAUCUGAAAAUAUUAUACCUCAAAUUCAAAUUGUCCAAUGAAAAAAACAGCAUUUGUACUACGUGAUAGUGUGAUUUUUUACGGUAUUUCACUCAAAUUCAUGAUUUCGCAAUCCAGCGAGGGAUACUAUAAUAUCCCACGGCAGAUCCAUGCACUGUGGGACAUUAAUAGUAUCCCACGCUCACGCGCGACGCGUGGAUACCACACCCUGAAACAAUAUGGCGUUCGCGAGCUGUUACAGAAGAUUUAUUAAGUAAACCAAAAAUUUCAACACGUAUGUUACAUUCAACGAUCCAAAGGAUACUUGCUCAAAUAUUUUAAGGAGAAAACGUCAAAAACUCAGCGUAGUUAUUAAUAUUCAGCAAGUUUUAAAGUUUAUUCUCUUAGUGAGUUCUUUAACUUUCGGUAUAAUAUAUCAUUUAUAGACCCUCCGUUCGGGGGAUUCGGUGAUAUUUCCCUCAGUGAUGAUAUUUCCCUCGGGGCAUAGUCCCUUGGAAAAUAUCAUCACUUCCGGAAAUAUUAAGCCGAAUCCCCCUCGUUCCAGGUCUAUAAAUGAUAAGUAUAAGGAGAAUUUCGACAUCUCGAGCGAAAGCCCUUCAGACGAAGGGCCUUCGAAACGUCGAAAUUCUCCUUAUAUUUUUCAGGUAGUUGCAUCCCUAUCAACGAAAGCUUGUUUAUAUAAUUGUAGUUUAAGUUAAUUUCUGUUUGCUGGCAAAAAUAUACUAUCACGUGUUUUGGGCACCUAGCUAUAAGGAAUAUAUUCCCCAAGUACGCUCGUAGGGCGUAGCGAUGGUACUAAUUCUAGUUCUACUACAAACUUCUUGACUUACAUCAUACUAUAGCUAGUAUUUCUAUGGUGAAAAGUAUUUAAAAAUUCCCAUAGAUUUAUUAAUUUUGUAGAAAACUAAUUAUAAAAAAUAUUUGAUAAAUGUUACCAUGCAAAAAGAGACCUGGAAAGAGGUUGUAAAGCUGUCUUAGGAAACGUCUUUUGCAAGUGUACUUUAAUGGCUCGUUAUAGUUUUCAAAUGAUUCAGCCGGUGUGGAGUAGUUUGGAAAUUUAAACGUCGUAUUUUUAGGUUUUAGGAAGCACAUUUCCAGAUGUUUAUAUACAUUUCAAUGUUUUGACAUUCACGUUAUGUUCGUUUUGGGAAUUGAACACGUAGUACAUUGCCAUGGCAGCACAUGUGUACAAAAUGGAUUCCAAAAUAACCUAUGUCGAGCUUAACUUGAAAAAUACUAUCAAAACCGCUGAACUGAUAUUGAUUUGCACGCGUGGGAUUGAUUUUAUGUACCACGUGAUUAACUUUUUAUGGAAACUCGUGACCGCUUUUGAACCUCAAAGGAGUUCGUAAACAAUCUGCGAUGUUUCAAGGGAAGCCGAUUGCGUAAAAAAACAUUUUCAUCCGCAUUGUGAACGGUAAAUCCAGAGGUCUAAAAAGCACUGUAAAUGCCAAAGCAUUUUUUUAAAACCGCAAUGUAAAGUAAAGAAAAAUAAUUCAGUACAAAUCUGUACUUGUCUUCAGACAUAAUACCAGUGUGCUUGUCUUCAGACAUAAUACCAGGUAAAUGCCAGCCAAACAAACGAAUCGAGUAAAUGAUCGCGUAUUUUGUGUCAGUUCAGAAAUGUUGUCGAUUCUACGUUCACACCUUAAAACAGUAAAAAUAUUAACCUUUAAAGAGCUUUAAAGAGUUCUAAAGCUUUUUCAGUUAUAAUGCCAUUUUCUUUAAAAACGCACAUUGUCUUUCUCUGCAAUAAUUUUCAUUACAGAUGUUUUAUUUUCGGUAGAAUGCUCUCUCCUCCACAGAGGCUUUGAGUUGCUACUUUGAGCUAGUGCUAUUAAAAUAUAUGCGCUAGACGGUAAUCGUAGAGACUAGAGUACGUGUUAUGCGCUAGACGGUAAUAUGUAACGAGAAAACCGCUAAAGUUCGGAACGCGGUCUAGCGCAUAACACUCUAACAUUACCGUCUAGCGCAUUAUUUUAAUAGCACUAGCUCAAAGUAGCAACUCAAAACCUCUGUGGAGGAGAGAGGGUAGAAUGAAAGACGUUUGCAAUGCAAUACAGCGUACAAAAUUUGAGAAUAUAGGUCAACAGACAAAAUAAUGGCAUGUAACGCGAGAGACUGCAAAACCAAACAGUUAAACUGAAACAGUGUAUAUUAAGUACUGUUAUUCAUUUAAAUUACUCUGCUAACUUUUAAAGGUUCUGAAGAAAUCAUACUCUUGCUGUAUUCGCGUUCGUCUACCCCAUCAUGGCAGAUCUCCUUAUUACUCUGAAGUAUGCAAAGACAGUCAAAAUUCAGGUAUUAAGAUAUUAUAAUCUAACUACCCUCAGACAGUCAAAAUGCAGGUAUUAAGAUAUUAUAAUCUAACUACCCUCAGACAGUCAAAAUGCAGGUAUUAAGAUAUAAUCUAACUACACUCAGACACUGAUAAUAUUAAGUAAACAGAUCUUGUUAUAUUUGAUGCCUAAGUGUGUUUUAUAAGAGAUCAAUAUAAUAUAAGACUUUAGUACGUUUAAUUAAUAUGGAUUAAUACAUAUUCCAUGGUCUGGGAACUCGGUUAAUUUCAAAGCUUUUAUAACGAGUCAUGGUAAUGUACUUCAAGUUUUCAACAGAUUCGACUAGACAAUCUGUGGGGGUCUAUUAAUCCGAUAAAAAAUGUUGUUUUCGACCUCUUUAGCAAAGGGAAUACAUUGAGAAGUACUAAGAUUUCGUGUUUAGAUUGAGUGCAGCUGUACGCAGGAUUUUCCACCGGGGUGUGGUGGGGGGGGGAGGGGAUGAUGGGAGCAAGACCUAAUUGCUGGGAUAAAAAUAGGCAAAUAACCAAACAAUAAGAGGAGAAACUUUUGUAUGUUACGUAACACACGCUCAAACUGAUGAAUAUACUUUUCCGCUUGAUUAUGACUACAAUCAAAUUUUCCAAAUUUUUGAUACGUUUCUCAAGCGGCAAUCCGUAAAUUACGCCACAACGAAGAGAUUUUAGAUGGUACGGCAAAGAGAAAAUGAUGUCUGGACUUCUGUAUGUGUUACUUGUACACCGUUUAUUACUCGUAACGGUAAAACGAGCUACCAAGUAUGUGCAGCAACGAUCAAUAAAACGUAGAGAUAUGCAAGUAAACAGCACAAAAUAUGUGGGAUAUCAACCAGGAAAUGUCAUAUAACUUUCAGCCCUGGAUGCCCGCACUUCCCUGCAGUUAUUAGACAGAUUUAGAAAAGACGACGUGACCUCAAAGACGACGUGAAAAUGAUGUAUGCACCUCGCGUUCACUUCCCGGUUUUAAUCUGGGACGGCUUGUUUGUCUUUUUCGAAGCAAAUUUUUGUUUUCUUGUUACCUGCUCAUUCCUGUAUUGUUUUCAAUCGGUUGUCAAGUUAUGUGCAAGAAAAGGCUAUAUAAUACUGCCCAAGUGUUUCCUGAUGAAUUAGUAAGAACAUUCAAUAAGUUUUUUAUAGAAAAAGACGCGGUAUAUUUCGGUAUUUUGAAAAGUGAACUUUGUUGCAUCAUUUGGAAUAAAUACAAUAGCUGCAGGUAUUGUUUACGAGCUAAAUGCUUUAGUUUGUAGCCUAUUCAAUCAAGUUUGUCAACUGUUUAGUAUAAAUAUGGCAUCAGUGCUUAUAUUGGUAAAAUUUAAUACUGUUUACGAUAGUUUUUCACGCUGGAAAGCGUUUUUUUACUUGUCCUACUUUUUCGCACUAUUGUGACAGAGCAACUAAAAUUGAUUGAGUUUUAAUUGCUUUUAAGUGCUUUUAUUCUUCUGUCUUCAGUCCCAAGUCAUGUUUUCUGAUUUUAAACAGUUGUUAAUAUAACUUCAGUUCAGUUUGUUCUAUAAAAUGUUUGUUUUGGUGAAGAAUACUAGCGGUAUUGAAGUGGUUAUUAACAAUGCUUGCAGAUUUGUUAUGGCGACCGGAAGUAUUUGUCAAAAAUUAACACGUUCAAAAUUUAGCGAAAUACAAGAAAAACAACCUUGUCAAUGAAAAACCUGUAACUAGAAUCAUUAAACAAUAUAUGGGGAACAAAAUAGGAUGAUUUUUAUCAUGCAUACUCUCAUAUUUUUUUCAAAAGAAGCAUAAAUAUGUGACGUUCUGGAGAGGACGUGAAAAUUAUAUUUUCGCGUCGUGAAAUUGUCCAAGACGACGUGGCAAACCAGAAGCUGACGAUAGUUGCCGCCAAAUGACGACAUCCACGUCGUCUUUGAGGUCGCGUCAUCUUUUCUAGAUCUGUCUAUUGUACAGAUAUUUCGCUGUAGGGCAUCUAGGAGAAGAUGGGUUCGAAACUCUCCCAAAAGUAGUCGUUGAUUUCUUACCGCGUCUCUAUCACCCAUCAAACGCUGAAUUUGAUUGCUCCACAAUGUUUAAGAAUGGACUAUAUGGAGGCAGUUUUCGUAACUCGGCAUUGGGAGCAGGGACAGGUGGAUUGUUAUGUGCUGGUGCGCCGUCAUAUAUGAAGAUGACGUCCUCAUCAGGAUCCAGAUUGAGGCGUGUCUGUGUAAGAAAAUCAGCAAAGCGUUCACGAUUCAUUCCUCCAGGAAAAGCCGUGUGAAACACGAAGUCACCAUUUGCGGAUCACUGCUAAGCAAACAGUCAUGUUUCGUCCUCGCUUUUCGCAAACCUACCGAUACGCUUAUUCACGUAAUCUCAGUUGCUCUCCCAUGACUACGGGCGGUCCAUUGCAUCCGCAGAAAGACAUGGCAUGAUUCAUGAACCAGUCUGCAUAUUCUCUACGUUUUACAAUAAAAUCGGUUCUAUUUCUUUCGUUUGGAACGCUUCGCACCAGUUUAAGUAUGAACAACAUCCCAUUCAGUGUUCGUGCAAAAUGUACUUUCAUGGGAUUUCAUGCUUGUGUGGGAGACGUCUUCGUAAUUCUCGAUUUAUCCGUACAAUCGCUAGGACACAGUUGUCGUUGAUAAUCUGUUCAAGACAGUCUUGCAUUUCCUCGACUACACCAAUGUUGUUUCUGCCUCCCUGAGGCAACUCAUGGAUUUCCGCGUCCUUCUCUGAUAAAGACGAGCCACUAUCCUGUGUGUCGUUGACCGGUUAACCCACGCCCGUAUUCUAAAAGCUCACUCACAUUCACACUCAAAGAGUGGAGGUUCAAUCUGAGCUUCUCUUCAGUGUCAAAGCUGUUUUUGAAAAGCUGGAGGGUGAGUAGUCACAUAGCAAGAUACGACACGUACUAAUCCUCCAGCUAUUCAAAAACAGCGCUGACAGUCAAGAAAAGCUAAAAUUGAACCUCCACUCAUUGAGUGUGAGUGUGAAUGAGCUUUUAGAAUAUGGGCGCCAAUGUAUCCGCAACGAGUAAAUAGUGCUGUCUUCAUUCUCAAAUUCCAACAUAUUCAUGCCAAUUAAGCCGGUUUUCCACUAGGCGGAAUUUUGCGCGCGGAGCGGAAUUUUCCUUUGUCUUGUGAUUUCUUGGGUGGAACUAAUUAGAAAAGACAAAGAAAAAUUCCGCUCCGCGCGCAAAAUUCCGCCUAGUGGAAAACGACCUUAAGGUAGUGUUUAAUUGAAAAGAUAUAUUUGUGUUAAAUGCAGUGGUGUCAAGUAAGGAGAUAAAUGUACUUCGUUGCUGUACUUGAGUACUAUUUUUGAGAAGUCAGCAUGUAACAAAGAAAUUUUUUUCCGGAUUACUUUUAUUUGGAACAAAGUCGUUUCAAGAAGUAACGUUUUACUUCGUUAUUUUCAUUUUGUGGCGAAGUAUUUUGUUACUUAAAGCUUUCUAACUUUUGUUUAAUAUUACGUGGUUUAUUUCCUGAUUUAUUUUUUUAUAUGCAUUAUUUAUUUAAUGGAUUUCUUAUAUCUUCAACGUGGUCUGGAAAGUAGACCAUGCCGUGCAAUGUUGUAUAUUAGGUGCGUGUGCUGUUUUGUCUUUUGUAUGGCAAUCCAUAGGAGAAGUCCCCCCUCUACACGCUACAGACAAAGUACUUUUACUUUUACUUCAAGUAUUUUUUAGUAAGGAUAGUACUUUUUACUUAAUUACUUUUUACUCUUACUCAAGUCGUUUUAUUGUUAGUUACUUCUACUUUUACUCGAACACAAAUUCAAAGUAAUUUAGGCACCACUGGUUAAAUCACAGUUAAUAGACUCCUAGUCUAUUAACUGUGGUUAAAUGAACUUGAUAUGAAUUCUGUUGUUAUUGACCUUAACACACAAUUGGUAAUUAAGACCAUUGUAAUAUCAUCCGGAUUAUACAUUCAUUUUAUUGUUCGCCUGUUGGUAAUCUCUGGAUUUGUAUGGUCUCAUAUUCAUGCUAUUGUAUGUUUAUAAUUUAUUUCUUGAUGUCGAAUACCUUUAGACGUUAAUGAAUGAUUAUGUUUCAUACAAUUAGCUGUCAAAUCCUCUCACAUGCAUAUCUCUACGUUUUAUUGGUCCUGGUUCAUAGUUCAUACACAUGGUAGCUCGUUUUAUCGUUAUGAGUAACAAACGGUGUGUUACUGUACAUAAAUAUGGCGUCAGUUUUACAACAUUAAUGUUUUACAUAAUUACACUGGCCGAUAGUGCCAGUGUUAUAUUUAUUUAUAAAAUGGGCAGUUCAGUGUCUUUGACUUUGUAGUGUUUUUGUUUUUCGUAGACGUAAACUCGACAAACCAUCGAGGCACCGUAGGCUCAGUUUUCAAAAUGGCGGCCAUUUGGGGAGUGGACAAAAUUUUUCAAGCAAUUUCGUUAAACUUUUCAACGAAUUGUAUCUGUUUUCUAUGGAUUUUGCAUUGUGUCGAAGUCUGAAAUUUCUUUCUAGUUUAAUUAAUGCCUUUUUCUUGGUGCACGACUCUGGAAAUCCGAAAUUUGGAUCGUUGAAUUCCCGUUAAAUCGUGAAUCAUAAUAAUUAUUAUACUGAAUAUUAACAAGACAACUUCAAGGCAAAAGGUUAAGACUUACUGAAUUCAAAACAUAGUUUUAAUAUAGAUAAGUACGUACCAUAAUUGUUAAGUUUUGAUAUAGGAAAUGAGAAAUUAACAUACUGGUGUCAUAUCAAUAAAAUUUAUGCAACAACAGUUCCUAAUAGUAUGGCUAAUUAGCUGUGGAAACGUAAAAACUGCAGUGUGAAAUAUGAUAUUGCAAUGACCUCGUGUUUUGGUCGCAAUCUGUCAAAUUUAUGCCAUGUGUUAUAAAAAAUAAGUAAAAUUCUUGUAUAAAUGUGAACCCAAAUAAUGCGUGAAAAGGUGUAGGCUAUGGAACGAAAAAUUUUAAAUCUUGAUAUGUGUGGAAGGUGUGUGUUUUGAAAACGGAAAUCAUAACUUGUGGUCUAUCAAAAUGCGGCCAGAUAUUUUAGAGAAUGAACAAGCUUUCUUUGGUAGGGAAGCAGCUACCUGGAAAUAUAAGGGCUUAAUAAGGAGAAUUCCGACGUUUCGAGCGAAGCCCCUUCGUCUGGAAUGGCCACACUGUAAUAAAUAAAAAAAACUUGACGGAGGCAUGUAGAAAUUAAAUAUACUAAAGAAGAGAAGGAAAUAUUCAUGUGUGUGUAAUUCAGACAUCCCCCGUACGUUUCGCCUUCGUAGACUCGUCAGCGCGAAAGAUUAUUGACCUUCUCGCUAUUCUUUUGUUUCGAGAAAAUAAUUUUACCUCUAGCAACCAAAUUUAUUUCGAGAAAUUCUCGUCUGCAAGUCUGCAUUCAACUGCAUGAAUAUCCUUUACAACAUAACUUAGCUUUACUGGUGCGACGAAGCAAACCGCACACGCCCGAGCGGACGUCUGUUCAUAACUGAUAAUUUUGUUUCUGUUUGGUUCACUUGUGCGCAUUAGGUGCGCUGGGGGUGUUAAAUUAUUCAUAGUUAGUAUGAAUGACGUACCUGUACUGAACAUUGAAAAGGUCGAUCGUCUGUGUUGCUACAUGUAAACGGCAGCGUUUUUAGGGAAUUGAGCCCAACCCACAUUUUGUGCAUUUUGCCAACCGAGGCCAGUGUGAACGCCAGAGCAGGCGUCUUGUUGCAUUUAAAUUGACAAUAUUUCACUAUUAAUUUGUGUUUCUCAAUCGCUAGAUACACUAAAAACGUUGCUAAUUGUGUAAACUACAAAAUAGAGCUGAAACAAAGUAAUUUUGAGAGGAACGCCAAGAAGAUUUUAGUUUCAGUGCAAAUAUAUGCGACAUUGAAAAAAUUGCCUCUUAAUAAAAACAUUAUAAAACUCCUAAGUUGAGUUUUCUGUGGGAGGGAAGUUUCCCCUGCUGCACCCCGUCGUGUAUGGCCCUCAAUGAGCGACUAUCGAGAAAUCUUCCAAUGAGUCUUGUAUUGACCCUAUUGGGUGAAUGUCGUGCGCCAUGUUUCCAUAAACACAAACAAAAAGAUUGAACGAAGUGUUUAGCCGAGUUACCAUGGUCAGAUAAUUUUCCAAUUCACUGAGAUAAACAUAAGUUCGAUUCCUUUUAAAUUAAAUUAAUUAAAUAUAGUUAUGUUAUUGAUACUACAAAAUCUUAUACAAGUAUUAUUCAUCACUCACAGAGUAGCAUAUAUCGUGCAGCUUUACUGAGACCGCAACUAGACGUGAUACAUGAAUAUUUGAAAAUGCCCCCCUCCCCCCCCCAAAAAAAAAAAUUAUCGCGUCUAGUUACGGCCCUGAGCUUUACCAAUAUCGCAAUCCAUUUUUACGAUUCAAUUUCGAAGAAAUUAAAAUAUCUUAAAGCGCACGAUUUUCUGCUCUUGGGAAUUUAAAGCAGCUUCUAGAUCUUAAAUUCUAAAAGAGAAUAACUUAGCAAAAGUGAUAAAAUUACAAAUUAGUCAUAUUAUCAUGAGUUCGGGAGAAAAUGGUUCAACUCACCACAGAACAACAAAUUUUCAUUGUUAUAUAUAACGCUGCGUAUUACAUAAAUCUCUCUUCUUUUAAACAGUUUCUUUAUGCAUAAAAUUUACUUAUGCUACUUAUGCACUUGUGGGUUCAGCAGAGUACUGAGGCAUUCUAAAUUCUAACAAUACGUUAUUUCAAUAGUUUUGGGGUGUUUUGGGACACCCUGUAUUUUGUUUUAACAUCGAUUCCCAUUUUGUUGCAGAAAUCACCUGGAAGAAUCAAUGUGGUAAUUUACAUGAAUGCAAAACAGCAGAAGUCGACGAUUUGAGAUAUUUUACUGGCCAGAUAAUGGUAUUCAUUUUUUUGUUAUAGAUACUGACUAUAAAGGCUGAU